AUGUCUAACAAAGGAUAUAAACCAGUAGAUAAUCUUAAUGGAAAUCAAUUUUAUAGACAGAGUUUCUCCCCACAGAUCCAAAAGACGCAAAAAUUUCAAUUUGAUUACGGAAAUGGACAGAAAAAUUAUCAAUAUACAACAAACAAAGGUCCCAAGAUAGAAAUUUCUCAUCCAAAGAACUCACAGUUUAUGAUGUUCUCUGGUGGCACUAAAAUAGAACCAAAGAGUCAAAAUCCAAAUCCUGUAAUCAUCCAGCAAGCUCCUUCUACUCCGCAACCAAAAGAUAUCUUUCAUCUCUCAAUUAAGAAGCCGUCCGAACAACCGGUAUCAGAUUUUAUUCCAAAACAUUCAUUAGCUGCUUAUAUUGCUGAAUACGAAGCUAAUCCAUCAUUCAACGAGGUUAAUCUUGCAAAUCUUGGCAUUGAUGUCAACACCACACAGCCAUUACUUCCAAAUUUGCAAUCCAUUGUUUCAGAUCUUCCAUUAGGACAGAAAACAUCAUAUCCAGCUCCUCAAGCAUACAGUGAAUUGGCACCAGAAUGUGACCUCAAGCAGCGCCUUUAUCUUUUUAAUACAUCAACCUUGAUGUACAUCUUUUAUACAGGUAAUAAACGAGAUAUGCAAGAUGCUGCUGCAGAACUUUGUCGCAGAGGCUUUACUUAUGAUACAGAAGACGACGAAUGGCGCAAUCCAAACAACGUAAAAUUUGAUACAAAUACAUGGAAAAUCCCAGAAGAUUAA